AUGGCAACGUUCACUCUUCCCCUGAUCACCAUCUGGAAAUUCAGCCGUCUGCGGGACGAACCAAUGGCCGUGCUGGUCGCAAUGCUCGCCGCCUCCGACUUCACGUUCGGCAUCGUGCUGACGUCGCUUGGCGUCCUCGAGAUCACCCUCGGCUACGUGCCGUUCUGUACUGCUUUCCAAUACCUGGUCGUCGCGUCAGCCGGCGCUGUGAAGAUUGCCACCCUGGGCCUGGCAGUAGACCAGUACACUGCUGUCUCCAAUCCUCUGCGCUACCACUGUCUGAUGGAGCGUCGUCUGCCCUGGCUGAUCGCCGCCAGCUGCUUCCAGUUCGUCCAGCUGACCGUCGUCGGAGGUCUGUUCCACGCGGCUGGCGCCAUCACCUGGCACGAGUUCUCCCACCCGGGCCAGAACGGCACGGCGCUCUUUGCCGGCUGCCGCUGGGAGCCGAGACUCUCCAGCACCCACAUGUUCAUCUUCGAGGGCGAGGUGUUUCUGAGCAGCCUACUCACCUCGCUGCUGAUGUUGUACACAGCCCGGGUGGGGAUCAAGCGGCGUCGCGCCUUUCAGCGCCGCCGCCGGCGCGGAGCCGAAACCGGCUCGGAGCACGACCGCUUCAUGGAAAACUUCCGCGCCUUCGAGAAGAUCCUGAAACUGAUCUCGCUGUCGCUGCUGCUGGACGUGACGACGCCUGUGUUCCGACUGUACCAGCGGUGGCACGCCAUGCCGACCAUCGCCGGCGUGCUGCAUGUUCUCCGGCUGGGCUGCACCAUCCUCGAGGGCUCCACGUACGGCCUGAUGAAUCGCAGCCUGCGCAAGGCCUACAAAGACCUGCUGGGAAUCAAGACCAGAGAAGUUCGUCCGGCGCAGGUCAGGACAAUCACUGUCAGAACCAAUACGGAGACCAUCAACUGA